AGCAACCUCAACGACGAAGAGUAGACGACGUGCCAUGGGUCUGGCAGUUACGUUGGUUGUCCCGAGAGGAACUCACCCUUUCAUAUACCUGACGAUGUGAUAGACAAUAUACACUUUCUACUUUAAUGCAACUCUUGCAUUAUCUGACUGCGAGGCAGAGUGACAUGAAGUGUUAACGAUGACCGACGAUCCGGGUCCAACCCCUCUCGUGGAGGAGGAGUGUCUAAAAGUUCGAAAAUGGUGGUGCUUCUUGUUGUCAAGUAUCUUCACGUUCCUAGCAGGGAUCUUCAUAGUUUUGAUAUGGCGGGCCUUCGCCUUCCUCUGCUGCCGGAACCGGGAAUCCAGCGAGUAUCAAAAACAGCAGGACAAGGACAGGCUCCUAGCGCAGCAGGGCCAGGGGCAAGCCCCCGGCCAGCCCAAGCCCAAGAACCUCAUGGAGGGCAACUUCGUCACAGAAGCCAAGGACUGGGCGGGGGAGCUCAUCUCUGGCCAGACCACAACAGGCAGAAUCCUGGUGAGUGUCGUGUCCAUAGUGCAGGCAGGGGAGAGGUUUAGUACAGUUCAGACGUGUGGUUAUCAAGCCUUGGAUUCUCAGAGGUAAGUUAUUUGUUUUUUC